AUCUGGAACCAAUAGUUUUUAUUAUAAAAAUUAAAAAAAAAUUAAGAUACCAAACAAUUUAUAAUUAAAUAUUUGUCAAGCAAAAAUAUUUUAUAUAAAGAUAUUUUCUAAACUAUUUCUAAGAUAUGAGUGUUUUAAAAAAAAUUAACACAAUAAUAAGUAUAUAUUUUGAUGAAAAUAUUUGACAUAUAAAAAUACCUUGAUGUAUGAUUUAACUAUUUGAAAACAUAAAUAAUAACUUAUUAUGUGGAUUUUAGAUUAGUAAGACAUAAACUAAUAAAAGAAUUAUGUCCGCAUGUGCAUGCUUAACACCUAGUUAUUACAUUCUUCAUGAUUUAUACAUACGCAUUCAUACGGACUAUAUAUAUGCUAAAAUCAUAAGUAACCCUCGAUUCUGUGUUUGACAUUUCAUGCCUUCGUUUUCUUUAGAAUAAAGUGCAAGUGUGCAAGUGCAACUUACAAAGUAAACUGACAAUUAAUCAAAGAUUGGAUGAUUAACCUUUUCUUGGGUUAGAUUCUGAUAACACUUUCAUUUAUUGAACAUAUUCUUCUCUGGAUAAUGCUUUAUCAGAAGAAGAUGCAUCAAAUAAGAAAACAUAUGGCGUGACCACACACUCACUACGCAUAUCAAAAAGAAAAAUGAAUCUAGUCUUUCCUUGUCUCGAAGUUAUUUACCCGACACAAGGAUCCAUAUCGGUUGGUUACUGUCGCAUUGGUAAUAGAUGUGUGACCUUAUUCUUAUAACAACCGUCCAAUGGUCGUGCAUGUGAUGGUCCCAGUCUGCUCUUUUAGAUCUACGCCGCUCUAUUAAUAAUAACUGACAACACAAGUAGAUAUUUUCAUUAUUUAAAUCUACUAGUAAUAUGAGUCAUUGUUCUUCCUUUUUAGUUUUCCCAAAGAUGUAAUUGUCAAACAGACAACACUAAACAUCGAUCGUUUUCAACUCGGAUUACACAGUCAGCAAUCAUAUCCGAAUCAUGAAAUAGGGGGUAAUAACGUAUACGUAAGCUAUAUGAUUAUCAUUUCUUCCUUAAAUAAAACAUGCAUGUUUCAGAUGGUUGAAAAAAGAGGGUAUGAUGUUUAAGGUUUAUGCCAUGCAAUUCCACGUAAAUACGCGUAUCUGUUCUUCGAGAAAAUAGAAAUCAAUUAGCAUUUUCAUAUUUAUAGUUUAAUGUACCAAGAUAAAGAUGCAUAUCUUACUUUUUGUUUUUUUUUUCUUCGCAUUUUCAGAAUGGGUAAAUAAAGUUAUGACGUCUGAGUAGUAAAAGAAAGAAAAGAAAUACGUGGUAAAUAAAACAAAAAAAAUGAGUUAAUUUAAAAAGUACUAAAAAAAGUUGAAUAUUAAGGAUCUGCCUAAACUUGGGGGGGGAAAUAGUGAUGAUGGAGUGAGCAAAACUUGGGGGAAAUGUGGAUAGAUCACUAAAUAGGGUAAAUGUUGUGGGUAGGGGGUGCAAAUACUCUAAAAGUUGAUGGGGACACGUCAUCAUUUACGUUCUUCUAUAAAUAACUCAUUGUUUACGCUUCACUUGUUCAACUAAGGAGAUCUUGCGAAUCGUGACUCGUGAGUCUCGAGGUUUCAUUAUUUUUCUUCGAUUUGAUUUUUGCAACAAUGACGGUUGGUGCCGGAAUCAGCGUCAGCAACUCCGACUUGGUGGUGUUCGGACACCGUGUUCUUCGCGGCGUGCCGGAGAAUGUUGUGGUCACUCCUGCUUCAGGGAACUCGUUGAUCGACGGAGCUUUCAUCGGCGUCUCGUCGGACCAAACCGGAAGCCACCGUGUCUUCCCCUUAGGGAAACUCGAAGAGUUGAGGUUUAUGUGUGUGUUCCGAUUCAAACUAUGGUGGAUGACGCAGAGAAUGGGGACUCACGGGAAGGAGAUUCCUUUCGAGACUCAGUUUCUAAUCGUAGAAGCUAACGGCGGUUCUGAUUUGGAAGGAGAUCACCCUGCCUCCUACGUUGUGUUCUUGCCCAUCCUCGAAGGAGAUUUUCGAGCUGUUCUUCAAGGCAACCAAUCGAAUGAGCUUGAGAUUUGUCUUGAAAGCGGUGAUCCUACCGUUGACCAAUUCAAGGGGGAUCAUUUGGUUUUUGUGGCUGCUGGCUCUGACCCUUUUGAUGUCAUCACCAAAGCUGUCAAGGCUGUUGAACAGCAUCUUCAGACAUUUUCACACCGCGAGAGAAAGAAAAUGCCAGAUAUGUUGAACUGGUUCGGUUGGUGCACAUGGGAUGCCUUCUACACCAAUGUCACGGCCAGUGACGUCAAGCAAGGUCUUCAAAGCCUUGAAGCCGGUGGGAUUCCCCCAAAAUUUGUCAUUAUUGAUGAUGGAUGGCAAUCUGUUAGCAUGGAUGAUACCGGUGUUGAAUUUAACGCUGAUAAUGCUGCUAAUUUCGCCAACAGAUUAACACACAUCAAGGAGAAUUACAAGUUUCAGAAGGAUGGGAGAGAGGGCCACCGAGUGGAGGACCCUGCCUUGAGUCUUAGACAUGUUAUCACAGACAUUAAGAGUAACAACUCGCUCAAGUAUGUUUACGUUUGGCAUGCGCUAACAGGGUACUGGGGAGGAGUCAAACCUGGCGUUUCGGGUAUGGAGCAUUACGAAUCAAAGGUCUCGUAUCCAGUUUCUUCACCAGGAGUUAUGUCCAACCAGAACUGUGAAUCUCUAGAAAGCAUUACUAAGAAUGGACUCGGUUUGGUGAACCCUGAGAAAGUCUUUACCUUCUACAACGACCUUCACUCCUACCUUGCAUCCGUUGGGAUCGAUGGUGUCAAAGUCGACGUCCAAAACAUUCUGGAAACUCUUGGAGCUGGACAUGGCGGUCGUGUCAAACUAGCAAAGAAGUAUCACCAUGCUUUGGAAGCCUCCAUCUCAAGAAACUUCCCUGACAAUGGUAUUAUAUCUUGCAUGAGCCAUAACACAGAUGGUCUCUACAGCGCAAAAAAGACGGCUGUUAUAAGGGCAUCAGACGAUUUCUGGCCUAGGGAUCCUGCCUCGCACACCAUCCACAUUGCUUCUGUUGCAUAUAACACACUUUUCCUUGGCGAGUUUAUGCAGCCGGAUUGGGACAUGUUCCAUAGUUUGCAUCCAAUGGCUGAAUAUCAUGCAGCAGCUCGAGCGGUUGGUGGAUGUGCCAUUUACGUCAGCGACAAACCAGGACAACAUGACUUCAACCUCUUAAGGAAGCUAGUCCUUCCAGACGGUUCCAUCCUCAGGGCAAAGCUUCCAGGAAGACCAACCAGUGAUUGCUUCUUCAGUGAUCCAGUCAGAGACAAUAAAAGUCUUAUGAAAAUAUGGAAUCUAAACGACUUCACGGGAGUUAUUGGAGUGUUCAACUGCCAAGGAGCCGGGUGGUGUAAGAAGGAGAAGAGAUACAUGAUCCAUGACCAACAACCUGGGACCAUUUCUGGUUAUGUCAGAACUAAUGAUGUUCAUUACCUCCACAAAGUAGCAGCCUUUGAAUGGACAGGUGACUCCGUCGUCUAUUCCCAUCUCAGAGGUGAAUUAGUGUAUCUCCCCAAAGGUACAUCUUUACCAAUCACGUUGAAGUCACGUGAGUAUGAAGUUUUCACGGUGGUUCCGGUGAAAGAAUAUUCUAAUGGAACCAAGUUCGCUCCGGUGGGGCUAAUAGAGAUGUUUAAUUCUGGAGGAGCUAUUGUGAGCUUAAGAUGCGAUGAUGAUGGGACUAAUUGUGUGGUAAAGAUGAAACUAAGAGGAAGUGGUUUGGUUGGGGUAUACUCGUCUGUUGGACGACCACGGAGUGUUACGGUGGACUCUGAGGAAGUGGAGUACCGGUGUGAUGGGGAAUCCGGAAUGGUAACAUUUACAUUAGGAGUACCGGAGAAGGAAUUGUAUCUUUGGGACGUGGUCAUCCAGCUUUGAAUUGGUAGGAUCGGUAUUCGUAGACAAGAGCAAGCUCGCUCUCUCAUUAAUUUAUUGGUUUCACUGUAUCGAUUCAUAUUGUAACGUAUUGGUUUAUGUUAUCCUGUAUCAGCUAUCUCUACUCUAAUAAAAGGGGUUGGGCAAAGAGAGUUUUGUAAUUGAGUCUCUCUUCUUUCCGGCUAUCCUGUAGAUGCCAUAAGUAUCUGUUUUUUAGUGUGUGUGUUUCUUAUGAGGAUGUUGCAAUAUUCACUUUACCUGUUUAUGCUAUAUGAUCAGUACCACAUUAUAAUGUGA